GCUUUUUUAGUCGCGACCAGACCGCGUAGUGUGGCAGUGGUGUUUCUUUUGAUUCGGAGGGUCCCGCGUUCGUUUGUUCUGCUAAACAGUGUUGUUCUCUCACAAAUCACUCUCACACACAUCAGCUGAGAGAAAGAUUGCAGUGUUUUCCAUCCCAUCCGCUAGCGUUGCGCCUGUGCAGUUUGUGACCGAGGAGAGCGAAUCGUGAUCGCGAUCGCCAAGCAGCGGAACCCGAAAAUGAUUGGCAGCGACUACGUGCUCGAAGCGCACAAUAUUUACCAUACGACCGAGGUCGACACCGGAGGAUGCUUCAAUGGCGGUGCCCAAUCGGCGCUGGUGCUCAAGGGCGUCCAUCUGACGGUACACAGUGGCGAAGUGAUGGCCAUUCUCGGCUCUAAGGGCAGCGGAAAGCGAGCCCUGCUGGAUGUGAUUGCCCGUCGCUCGGAGGGCUCUUCUCGGGGUCAAGUGCUGCUGAAUGGGUCCCCGCUAACCAAGUCAUUGUUUCAGCAACGCUGUGGCUAUGUGACCCACUCGUGUGACUUCAUUCCGGGGCUGACAGUGUCGCAAACGUUGAACUACACUCCCACCAUUCUGGGAGGGUACUUGAAGAGCUCCAAGGUGCGACAGGUGUUGGCGGAUCUGGCCUUGUCGCAGGUGUCCCACAAGAAGCUGGAGAACUUGAACAUCAGUGAGAAGAGGCGUCUGGCCAUCGGAGUGCAGCUUGUGAGAGAUCCGGUAAUGUUGCUUCUGGAUGAGCCUACGCAGGGACUGGAUCCGCUGAGUGCCUAUCUGUUGAUAAGCAUUCUGUCCAACUCGGCCAAGAAGACCGGAUGUGGAAUACUGCUGUCCAUGGAGAAACCUCGAUCGGAUGUGUUUCCGUUUUUGGAUAGGGCACUGUUCCUUUGUCUGGGAGGUGCAGUCUAUUCUGGUGGAACCCGAGCAAUGUUGGAGUAUUUCCAUGGAAUUGGUUUUCCUUGUCCCCAGUUGGAGAACCCGCUGAUGUACUAUCUGUGCUUAUCAACUGUCGAUCGCAGAUCCCGCGAUCGAUUUUUGGAGUCCAGCCAACAGAUCGAGGCCCUGGUUGAGCGCUUCGCUCGUGAGUCUCCCAUCCCGGAGGCACCGAUCAACCCAAUCGGCAGCGGAAAGAUUCCCUUGGCGUACGGAAAGCCCGGUGAACUGAAAGUAUGGGGAAUCCUGUACUUGAGGCUGUUGGCGGCUACCUUCUCAUGCGGUUACGCCGGAAUGAAGGCCAUGUUCCUUCGUCUGCUGGCCCUGCCCGUAGUCAUGGGAUUAAUGUGGCUUUUCUACAGCGAGGCAGGUGACGACGCCCAUGGAUUCUUCAGCAAGAGUGGUAUGAUCUUGUCGGUGCUGGGACUGAGCUAUGGCGUCGGGAUAUGGACCACGAUUUCGUUGUUCCCCGCAUGGCGAAAGCGAUUCUGCCAGGAAUACUCGGAAGGAAUGUACACCGGAGCUACGCUAUUGGUUGCCUACAACGCCGUCUCCAUGCCUUUCUCCUUCAUCUCUUCGGCCGUCGCUUCUUGCGUGCUGUAUCCACUCGUUCUAAAUCCCACCAAUCCGGACGGUCUAACGUUCAUGUACAUUCUGAUCGCUCUGUGGUCCAGCUUCAUUCUUGCCGAACAGUUGAGCAUCGCCUUCCUAUUGGUGGUCAAGUCCCAAAUCAACGCCUCCAUUGCCGUUUCGUACAUCUUGGUCAUUUGCCUCACCCUGGCAAGUGGAACUGUUCGCUCCCACAAGGGCUUGUCGCCGUGGUUGCAAGAGAACGCCAAGGGAGUCCACACCAAGUAUGCAAGCUCGCUGCUCCAUACGACCAUCUUCCAUGCCCGCCAGAUGGAUUGCAACCCCAGCAGUGGAGUGGUCUGUCCCCAGCCUGCGGAAUAUCUGCUGGAACGGAUUGGGAAGGCACAUCCACAGGAGACGACCGACUUGGCGGCUUGCAUCGCUUUCGCUUUGGGCAUGUGUGCCUUCAACAUGUUUCUCUAUCUGCUUCCGAUGCCACGGUGCGUCCGAAGGAAGUUCAGGGAUUGAGAUUUGAGAUUGAUUAUUUAUUUGAUAGCAUAUUUUAGUGUCGAUAAGAUGAUGCCGAUGUAUUUUUAAACUAAAUAAAUUUUAAUCCGCACAGAUUAUUAACGUA